AAAUAACUUGCAACAUGUUUCAUGGGGGAUAUCAACAAGAAAAAACAAGUAGCCUGCAAGCAGUGACAAUGUCUGAAGAUAGCUCAAAAAUUAGUGAAGAGUUGGACAUUAAUGGUUUUAUAUUAGCUUGGGCAAAUAAAACAACUGAAGCACUACUGCAACAAAAAUGUGUGGAGUUAACAUCAACAAAUUGCGUUAACAGUGACGUUCAUCCUGAAGAAGGACUGAUUUACAUCAACAGGGAUGAGUUCAAGAGAGCACUUAAGAUGUAUGCUAUCAAAAAUCACUUCCAGUACAAGGCACAUAAGACAAAUAAGAAGUAUUUUGCAGCAAAAUGCUUGCACGAAAAUUGCUGCUGGGAGAUAAGAUCAAAGCAAACUGGAACCUUGGGAAGGUUCAUUGUUGUGAAGUUUAUACAAACACAUUCUUGUAGAUUGGAAGUGAGAUUAACAGAUCAAAGACAUGCAACAUCUAGUUUGGUAGCAGACUGUAUUAAGUCUAAACUAGUGGAUCCAAAAACAUCAUAUAAUGCAAUGGAUGUACAGAGAGAUAUGUUAGAGGAGUAUGGCAUUGAAAUAAGCUACUUAAAAGCGUGGAGAGCAAAAGAAAAGGCAUUGAUUAAGCUAAGAGGAAAACCAGGAAGAGUCCUACAGGUUUCUGCAACAAUUCAUGAGUAUGGUGAAACAAACAAAUCCUGGAUCUUUUCUGGAAAUCAAAGUUAAUGAAGACAAUACUUUAUAUAUGCAUUCAUGGCAAUCAAUGCAUCAAUUCAGGGAUAGUAGUUCUGCAAACCGGUUAUGGUAGUUGAUGGCAC